UCUUAUCGUAUGUGUUAUUCAUAAACAACAUUUCAAGAAGCAUCCUGUCCUUUUCCGGUAGAUCACUCUCACCGAGGACGUCAACAUGGGUGCAUAUAAAUAUAUGCAAGAAUUGUAUCGCAAGAAGCAAAGUGAUGUUUUACGUUUUUUGUUACGUAUAAGAGUAUGGCAAUAUCGUCAACUUACAAAAAUGCACAGAGCACCAAGACCUUCUCGGCCAGAUAAAGCCAGAAGGUUAGGAUAUCGUGCUAAACAAGGUUUUGUAAUUUACCGUAUCCGUAUUCGUCGUGGAGGAAGAAAACGUCCAGUACCUAAAGGUGCCACAUACGGCAAACCGAAAAGCCAUGGUGUUAACCAAUUAAAACCUACCCGUAAUUUACAAUCAAUCGCUGAAGAACGUGUUGGCCGUCGUUGCGGUGGUUUAAGAGUAUUGAAUUCUUACUGGGUUGCCCAAGAUUCCUCAUAUAAAUAUUAUGAAAUCAUUCUUGUAGAUCCAGCACAUAAGGCAAUUCGACGAGACCCUAAGAGCAAUUGGAUAGUGAAGGCUGUGCACAAACAUCGUGAACUUAGAGGAAAGACUUCAUCUGGUAGAUCGUCACGUGGCUUAGGUAAAGGACAUAGAUACACACAAACAACUGGUGGUUCACGACGAGCUGCAUGGUUACGUCGCAAUUCAUUACAAUUACGUAGAAAACGUUAAGAUUAUUAAUUAUAUUUGUAUACAAAAUAUGAUUUUUUUUAUUGUACAAUGAUUCUGAAGUUCAAUAAAAAUGGAUGUGAUUGUACAAUUAAACAAA